GAUACUCCGACUUCGAUUCUGUUGUGCAGUUUAGCACGUACUUCAAUCAACACGGUCUCAGUGCUCUUCGGGAGCUUCUCAUACAGGCUACGGCUGCAGUUGCACCGCCCGCGCUGUUUGCAGCUGCAUCAGCCCCUACAGCUUCAAGAGCACCUGCGAUGCUUGGGGAUCUGAUGAGCGCUGAGGUAGAG